AUGGUGAGAAGGAACAUCUUGGGACUAUUUGCGGAAAUUGGGAUUCUCCAAUACACCAGCCCAGAUAGGAUUGGUUCUAGCAAUACAUUCCCCAAACCUGCAAAGAUGCUACAUCAUACUACUUGUACCAUAAGGGCCUGGCAAUCCCGCAAGUGGACUAUAGACAACAGUUUCCUCAAAGCUCUAUCGGAUUCCCUUCUAGCUGGAAUUGUCCAUGAAGCUUCUGUGUGGGACUUUGAGGACGAAAGUCUCACAGGCGGAACUGAGAGUCAGAGGGAUGACAGUUCUCAAACAAUGCUGGCAAAAAGAGACUACUCAUAUAGAUCUUUUGAGAUUCAGCCCAGAUUGGAAGCAUUGGAAGCAGUGCAACAAGUAAACUCAAGCUUCCUGACCGGCAAGUUACCAUCAUCCACUUUACAAAGAGAGUAUACUGGACGGUUAGGAUGGCUGUACUUGCGUUCUGGUGGGCUGUCACCAGCUGAAGCCAAGGAAUGGCACUCUCGGCACCCAUUGCCAUCUCCGAUCAACCAAAGCUACCUUGAGGAGACGGACGUACAAUCCCAGGAGAACAAGGGCAAGCAGAUCAAAAGCCCCAUCCCCGACCUUGGAGGCAGACAGGGAGGAGGGACUGAUGAUGAUACAGUGACACAAGUUGUUGUAUCUCACAAUCCAAGAGAAAGCGGGGGUGUUAGGAGUUUACUUCGCAGGGGCAAAGCGUUCAUGUCCAGACGGUCUAUGGGCGGGUCUUCCUCACGUAAAUAA